UCCACGGUGCUGAAGUACAAGUCUGGCUGGUUGCGGUGGCGCGAGUGGGCUCUGUCGAAGAUUGGUGUUCCCGUUAUUCCAGCAAAACCCUUGCAUAUCGCACUGUUUAUCUCUGAGCUAGCUAAGCGUUCUUCCGAAAAUAACAUCGGUGUAUCUUCUAUAGAAUCUGCCCUUUAUGCUAUUAAGUGGGGCCACGCAAUGGCCGGUAUUGAGGCUUGUCCUGUUAGCCAUCCCUUAGUAAAGUUUGCGUUAGAAGGCGCCAAAAAAGGCUUGCCUGACCUGUUCAGCCUAAGAAGCCGCUGUCGGUUAGCACCGUACAGGCGAUUGCUACGCAUUUUGCCUCAAGCGCUUCACUUUCCGAUCUUCGUUUUUUAUUUAUUCUUUUAGUUGGUUUUGCAGACAUUUUUCGCAUUGACGAGAUUAGGAAUAUAGCACUUCGUGAUGUCUCAAUACAUAGCGAUCAUAUGUCAGUUUAUGUGCCUCAGCGCAAAAACGACCAGUAUAGGGAAGGCCACACUGCUUUUCUCGCUGGGGCAGGCAAGGUUACUUGUCCUGUAGCUGUGACCGAGCGGUUGAUUAAG